AUCAGAUGGAGCGCACGUCUCUGGUGCUCAGUAAAAGUGGAAAAGUGAAAAAGUAGCAAGUGAAAACUACUAGUGCUGUGUCCAGUUUCGCAGUUUCGUAGUUCCAGAACAGAACAGGAACGAAAAUCGUGGAAAUGUAAAUAAAUGCAGAUAUGCGAAAGUCUUAAAAUUCGAAAGCUCAGCGAUAAGUGUGGACAAAAGUGCGAUCACCGGUCGGUUGCUCACUUUUUAUUUUUCCGUUUUGUGCUGAAAAUGUUUUUAUUUUUUUCGGUUUUUAAGCUUGAUUUCUUGUAAUACCCAAAAGUGUCAUAUAUACUCUCUGCUUGUUGGCCGCUAAUUAAUUGGCAAACAAACAAGUCUAAGUGCGAAAUUGAUUUCGAACACAAAAACGAGGGAUAGUUAAAAAGCAAGUUGCCGUUGUCAUGCCGCAUCAUCACCAUCACCAGCAUCAGCCGACGAGCAGCCAAAACAAUUUGACAUUUCUAAAAUCGAAUUACAAAUUCAAGCGCAGACCAAUGUCGAUGGCCAUCCGCGCACUUCCUGCGACAGCAACAACAACAACAACAACAACAACGCCAGCAGCGGAAGCGCGUAGAGGAGAACUAAGCCAAAACACCAACCAAUUAGCGGCAACAAUGUCAAAGACGUCAGCAGCAACAGCAACAGCAACACAAUUGGCAAGAGCAACUAGCCGCGAAUGUAGAACAAUUCUAGGUUUAUUUAUAGUAAGCGCAUGGAGCGCUCUGCAAGAGUUGGCCAAUUGCUUACGCCAGGAUGAAGAUGAAGAUCGCUGUGCUGGCCAUGGCCGUGACGUCAAUGCGUUGUCCGCUGGCUCUGAUGAGGUGUCAAUGGCACGUGAGCAACAACAACAGUGCCAGCACCACGUACCCUCGGCCACUUCUAGUCCCAGCAAAAGCAUGCGCCGCACGAGAGCAGCAGCAACAGCAGCAACAGCAGCAACUGGCAACGCAGCAGCAUCAACUUGCAACGCAACAGCAUCAACUUGCAACGCAGCAGCAGGAGCAGCAGCAACUUGUGGCCAUCAGUUGGGUGGACAGCCUUUGAUGGCUUUGUUAAUUGGAUUGCUGCUACUGAAUUUUCGCCUGGCGUCGGCUGGCACCUGUUGGCAGACGCACCUGGGCAGCGGAAAGUGUGGUCAGGUCUUCUCCACGGACAUCUCGAGGUCGGAGUGCUGCGGCGCCAGCCAGAGCUUCUCCUACACGGAUCGCGAGCUGAGCAGCGUGGAGUACUUCUUUGCCACGGCCAUUGGUGGCGGCGUGGAGUGCUCGCCCUGCAUGGAAUUUUCUGAUUUAUAUGCAGAAAGCUGCAAGGGCUUCAAGUGCGGCCCGAACAAAAAGUGCGUGAAGCGAAAGGGUCGGCCCAAGUGCGUUUGUGCACCCGAAUGUGGAGCUGCCCUGCGACGCAGGACACAUCAGCAGGAGCAGGAGCAGCAGCAGGAGCAGCAGCAAGAGCAGGAGCGGGAAGAGGAGCAGCAGGAGAAGAUGAAGCCACCCCGCGAGUCCCGUAGUCUAAGUAGCGAAAAUACCAACUUCAAUUUAGGUUUAGACGGCGGCCAACGCCAACGUGCUGAUAACCAAAGAAAGCUGCAGCCUCGCGAGUCGAAGCACCGCCGACUUUUGAUCAUAGACAGCAGCAGCAGCAGCAGCAAUUUGCCAGAUCAGCCCACAAGUGGCAGACGCGGCCGGGUGGAGAUGACGGGCUAUGAGAGGCGCAGACACAGAAACAGCCAUGGCAAACACUUAACAAGAUCAAUGACGACAGGAGCCAAUGACUCGUUCCCGGCAGACAAGACGCCUGCGCAGUCGCCUGCCGCAGACUCAAUCUUGGCUCAGUCUAGACUUGGCAACUUGGCAAAUGCUAAUGAACCCGCCAACGACAUUAAUAGACGGCUCGAGUCGACGACGACUCGAGUCAGACACCAGCAUGCCAGACGCAUCGAGCAUGCUCCAAAUCCAGACAAUGGGCUAAGGAAAAGGCAGCAACAUAAGCAGCCGCAGCAGCAGCGAAAUCAGCAACAGCAGCAACAGCAGCAGCAGCAGGAUCGAAUGGAUACAGAAGCGCAGUCAGCGAAUACCACUGUGUCUGGGUCUGGGUCUGGGUCUGGGCCAUCGAAUCAUCGUCGAAUCUCGCAGUUGCAACGCGGAAGUGAAACGGCUGCGUCAUCGGACCUCGCUAAUACCCAUGACUUGGCUCAUUUGGGCGGAUUCUACGCGCCUCUGCCGCUGCACUCGAAUCCGGUUUGCGGCACCGACGGACGCACCUACAACACCGAGUGCCAGCUGCGCAAGCGCGCCUGCCGCACCAACAACGCCCAACUGGAGGUCGCCUAUCGGGGCCACUGCAAGAACAGCUGCAGCGGAGUCCAGUGCUUGAACGGAUUGACCUGCGUGGAGGAUCAGUAUCUGAUGCCCCACUGCAUCGCCUGCCGGAUCGAUUGUCCCUGGGACAACCUGGACGUGGAGGACUCCAGUGGCUACGACGAGCGACAGGCUGUGUGCGGCGUGGAUGGCAAGACGUACAGGAGUGCCUGUGAUAUAAAUCGAAUGAUUUGCAAAAUUGGACGUUCCAUUGCCGUGGCAUAUCCGGGACCCUGUCGAGCAGGCCGCGUGAGCUGUGCGGACAUCAAGUGUGGCCCAAAGGAUAGCUGCCUGGUGGAUCUGCAGACGCGCCAGCCGAGAUGCGUGUCCUGUCGCUACAAGUGUCCGCGAAAGCAGCAGCGACCGGUGCAUAAAAUAUGCGGCUACAACAACCAGACAUACAACUCGUGGUGUGAGAUGCACAAGCACUCCUGCGAGUCCCGCUACUUCAUCGGUGUCAAGUCGCAGGGUAGCUGCUAGGAGCCCGGAUGCAUCUUUCGGCCACAUCGGCCUAGGGCCUAGUGUAGUGUGUUCUUCCGUAGCUCCAACAUCCAAAGAUUCUCGUUGUGCGUGUUCGUGUUGUAAUCGGUGGAUGCUCAGG